GCGGAGCCGGGCUGGGCUCGCGCGGGGCCGGGGAGCGGUUGGGGCCGUUGGAGCUCUGGGCAUGCGCAGGUCGCGGGGGCGGGGGGGCGGCGCGAGACCUUCGUUAACCCCCCCGUGCCCGGCCCGGGCCCCGCUCCCGCCGGAGCCGCCCUGGGGCCGCCCCGGGCUCCGCCCGCCCCGCUGCGGCGCUGCAGCCUCCAGGCUACAGAAUAAUGUCCACAUUUCACUCCAGAUCAUCCUGUCCUCCCAGGGGGAAGGAAAUGGCUGCAAUGGAGCUGGCUCAGGGUUUCCAGUUUCCAAACCUGAUGUGAUCUCACAGCUGGAACGAGGGGAAGAGCCAUGGGUCCCAGACCUCCAGGGCUCUGAGAAAGAAGUGCUCCCGAGAGCUGCCUGCACAGGGAGUGACCUAUGUCUGGAUUCUCUUUGUCUCCCAUCAGGUGAUGGGAUGGUGACUGAGAAUGAGGAGGAGACACCCCAGCAGGAAGAUGCUGAGCAAGUAGAACCCCAUGGGAUGUUAUCAGGAAGAUCCAAAGGGAAUGUUUCCAGGAGUUGUGCACUCCCAGAAAAAGCAAAAGCCUGUGAGAGUCAGCAGAGGCCAGAGGAAAACUUGAGUAGCCACUCAGACCUUAUUACAUGUGAGAGAAUCAACUUGCAAGAGACACGCUACACAUGCUAUGAGAGUGUGAAAAGAGAAGAGAGACCUUACAUGUGCUCUGAGUGCAGGAAAAGCUUUAGUCAUAGCUCUGCACUUAUCACACAUUGGAGAAUCCACACGGGAGAGAAGCCCUACACCUGCUCGGAGUGCGGGAAAAGCUUCAGUCGGAGCUCACACCUUAUCACACAUCGUAGAACCCACACAGGAGAGACGCCCUACACGUGCUCUGAGUGCGGGAAAAGCUUCAGUCAGAUCUCUAUGCUGAGCACACAUCGUAGAACCCACACAGGAGAGACGCCCUACACGUGCUCUGAGUGCGGGAAAAGCUUCAAUCACAGCUCUUCCCUGAUCACACAUCAGAGAAUCCACACAGGAGAGACGCCCUACACAUGCUUGGAGUGCGGGAAAAGCUUCAGUCAGAGGUCUGCCCUGACCACACAUCAGAGAAUCCACACAGGAGAGACACCCCACACAUGCUCUGAGUGCGGGAAAAGCUUCAGUCAGAGUGGGAGCCUUAUCAGACAUCAACGAAUCCACACAGGGGAGAAACUCUACACAUGCUCUCAAUGCGGGAAAAGCUUCAAUCAGAGCUCACACCUUAUCACACAUAGAAGAAUCCACACAGGUGAGAAACCUUAUGGAUGCUCUGAGUGUGGGAAAUGCUUCAUUCGUAGUUCAGCCCUCAUCUCACAUCAGAGAAUCCACACAGGAGAGAUGCCCUACACAUGCGCUGAGUGUGGGAAAAGCUUUAGUGGGCACUCAGCCCUUAUCACACAUCGUAGAAUCCACACAGGAGAAAAACUCUACACAUGCUCUCAGUGCGGGAAAAGCUUCAAUCAGAGGUCACACCUUAUCACACAUAGAAGAAUCCACACAGGUGAGAAACCUUAUGGAUGCUCUGAGUGUGGGAAAUGCUUCAUUCAUAGUUCAUCCCUCAUCUUACAUCAGAGAAUCCACACAGGAGAGAAGCCCUACACAUGCUCUGAGUGCGGGAAAAGCUUCAAUCGCAGCUCGCACCUUCUCACACAUAGAAGAAUCCACACAGGUGAGAAACCUUAUGGAUGCUCUGAGUGUGGGAAAAGCUUCAGUCGGAGCUCACACCUCAUCAGACAUCAGCGAAUCCACACGGGGGAGAUGCCCUACACAUGCUAUGAGUGCGGGAAAAGCUUCAGUGAAAGUUCCAGCCUUAUUAGACAUCAGAAAAUCCACGUGAGAGAGAACUGUAACAAAUGCCUUGACCAGGGCUGACCAAAGAUUUAUUAUUUUUUUGGAAAUCACAUUUGCUAAUUCCCACAUAGUGAUCUUUGCACCAUCUUCACCAUGGUCUCUCAGCUCCCCCAGAUCAGUUGCCUGUGUCUGCCUUUUGCAGCUCACCCUUCUUUGGGGUCAGUCCUGUGAUCUUUCCUAUCAACUGCUUUCCUUUUGAGUCGUAGGAGUGUGUGUCCCUCCAGCCAGGAAUGUUCAUCAUCUCCAGGUGGGAGAGAGAGGUUUGAUCCUUAGAAGCUACACUGAGGCAAAAUCUACCUGUGCCUUACAUCCACUAGGGCUGUACAUGGCUUUGGCUCCUCACGUGAGUGAUCUUGGUGUAAAAAGACAUUUAUAGUGGUAGAGCAGAUGCAGUCCAGGUGCAGUGGUUGUCAUUAGCUUUCCCCUUGACCUGACCUAAACUCCAUCACUUUUCCUAGUCUAAACAAACCCUGAGCAUCACAGUUAUACUGUUCCCCCAUUUCAAAGCAAUUGUUAGUCAUCAAGUUCCCACUUCGGGAACAAAUGGUUUCAUUCCCAGUUGCUCUGUUGUUGCAUUAGGUUGUGCUGGAGAGCAGAUAUUUUUACUACCAUUUUCCUCCCUUAAAAUAUAUUCAACUAUAAUAAAGAGUAGGAAUGGGGCAGGGAUAGGGAAAAAUGUCAAUUUACUGUCUGUAACAACAGAAGAAGAUAGGGUCAGUCAGAGGGAUUCCCUUACUCCCCAUCCCCAUCCCAAUCCCCCCUGUUGUUCAAUUGGUUACGUCAAUAUUUUUUCUGAAAGGCUGGGAAGAGGAUUCCCUAGUAAAUGACUUGUAACUAAGCAAAAUACCCAUCCAUUUGGCUCCCAAAGCAGUUGUGGCCCAGGCCCGCAGGAGGUCGCUCCUGAAGAUAUCUCCUUCCUAAUCAGAUGCAUGUUGCCUAUUAUUUGGGAAAUGCAAUCCCUAUCUAGGUAGAGAUGGGAAAAAUGGAAGUGACAUUGCUGUUCAGCUCACCCCUGGGAGAUGCUGCAAACGUGUAGAAAAUGAAAUCCGUGUGGAAUGUGAUAUACCUGCAGAAAGACACCUAUUGUUAAUAGAUACCUGACAUUUGGUGUCUUACACGGAAUCUAAGCAGCACCUGAAUUUAGUCCCUAAUUUAAAUCUGUGCCACCAGAUUAAAGAAAUAAAAGGGUAUAUUUGGGGGCGUUAUACCUCACUAUCGCUACUGAUAUGUUGUGUGGUUGGUGAAGAAUUCUACUCCAGAGAAGUGUAAAAUUACUCCAAGUGUAUGUCUACAGUAUGAAAUUAGGUUGAUAUUAUAUAAGUCAAUUUUUAGAAAUCGAUUUUAUACAGUCGAUUGCAUAUGUCCACAUUAAGCGCAUUAAGUCGGCGUUGUGUGUCCUCACUGCCAUGGCUAGCAUUGAUUUAUGGAGUGGUGCACUGUGAGUAGCUAUCCCACAGUUCCCACAGUCUCUGCCGCCCAUUGGAAUUCUGGGUUAAGCUCCCAAUUCCUGAUGGGGCAAAAACAUUGUCACGCGUGGUUUUGGGUACAUGUCGUCAAUCGCCAGAUCACCACGGCCGUUAUGAGCAUUGUAAACACCUUGCGCAUUAUCCUGCAGUAUGUGCAGAACCAGAACCUGCAAAAGCAGGUGAGGAGGCGACGGCAGCGCGGUGACAAGAGUGAUGAGGACAUGGACACAGACUUCUCUCAAAGUAUGGGCCCUGGCAAUUUGGACAUCCUGGUGGCAAUGGGGCAGGCUCAUGCCAUGGAAUGCCGAUUCUGGGCCCGGGAAACAAGCACAGACUGGUGGGACCGCACAGUGUUGCAGGUCUGGGAUGAUUCCCAGUGGCUGCGAAACUUUCGCAUGCAUAAGGGCACUUUCAUGGAACUUUGUGACUUGCUUUCCCCUGCCCUGAAUCGCAAGAACACCAAGAUGAGAGCAGCCCUCGCAGUUCACAAGUGCGUGGCGAUAGUCCUGUGGAAGCUUGCAAUGCCAGACAGCUACUGGUCAGUUGGCAAUAAAUUUGGAGUGGGCAAAUCUACCGUGGGGGUUGCUGUGAUCCAAGUAGCCAACGCAAUCACUGAGCUGCUGCUAUCAAGGGUAAUGACUCUGGGAAAUCUGCAGGUCAUACUAGAUGGCUUUGCUGCAAUGGGAUUCCCUAACUGUGGUGGGGCCAUAGAUGGAACCCAUAUCCCUAUCUUGGGACCGGAUCACCUUGGCAGCCAGUACAUAAACUGCAAGGGGUACUUUUCAGUGGUGCUGCAAGCACUGGUGAAUCACAAGGGACGUUUCACCGACAUCAAUGUGGGAUGGCCGGGAAAGGUACAUGACGCUCGCAUCUUCAGGAACUCUGGUCUGGUUAAACACCUGCAGGAAGGGAUUUACUUCGUAGACCAGAAAAUAACUGUUGGAGAUGUUGAAAUGCCUAUAGUUAUCUUUGGGGACCCAGCCCACCCCUUAAUGCCCUGGCUCAUGAAGCCGUACACAGGCAGCCUUGACAGUCAUCAGGAGCUGUUCAGCUAGGCUGAGCAAGUGCAGAAUGGUUUUAGAAUGUGCAUUUGGACGUUUAAAACCGCGCUGGUGCAGUUUACUGACUCUGUUAGACCUCAGCACAACCAAUAUUCCCAUUUUUAUUGCUGCUUGCUGUGUGCUCCACAAUAUCUGUGAGAGUAAGGGGGAGAUGUUUAUGGUGGGGUGGGAGGUUGAGGCAAAUCGCCUGGCCACUGAUUACACACAGCCAGACACCAGGGCUAUUAGAAAAGCACAGCAGGGAGCACUGCGCAUCAGAGAAGCUUUGAAAACCAGUUUCAUGACUGGCCAGGGUACUGUGUGACACUUCUUGUUUGUUUCUCCUUGAUGAAAACCCGCCCCCUUGGUUCACUCUACUUCCCUGUAAGCCAACCACCUUCUCCCCUUCGAUUACCGCUUGCAAAGGCAAUAAAGUCAUUGUUGUUUCAAAA